AUGAAGGAAACUCAAUUUUUUAAAGAUAUCAUUGAAAGCCAAACCAAUUUCAAAUAUAGCGAAACGGAAAACAUUACAUUAUAUGAACAUAUUCAUGAUAUUGUUUGUUAUGGUAUUGGUGAUUUUAGUUCCUCAAAAAAAUGUUUGGAUCAAUUAGCUUAUAUAACAUCAGUUAAAUCAAUAUAUAAUGUAAGUUCAAUUUAUAUUUAUGAUCCAGUAAUGAACGAAAUUGAAAAGAAAUUGGUAGAUAAAAUAGGUUUUAAAUUAAUAGAGGUUAAUGAAGAGGGUAAAAGAAAAAUUAAUAUGUCAAUUGAAACAAAUAAUAGAUUCACAUUAUUUUAUAUGCCUUUCUGCGGAAGAAAACUUUAUGAUAACGUAUUGUGGGCAAAUUGGGAGGAUUUAUCUAAAGUUUUAAUUAUUGGUAAUAGUUUCGAUAUAUAUAUAGAUGGUAUCAACAAAGUUGAGGAUGAUUAUGUUCAAUAUAGCUAUACAAGUAAAACUGCUGGAAUCCACAACGAACUUUUGUUCCCAAAAAAUUAUCCAACCCCAUAUAUAUUCCACGAUCUUUCAAUUCAUAUAUUCCCAAAACAUCUUUUAAGCACCAAAGAAGAUUCAUUUUAUUCAAAAUCAAAAAAUUUAGAACCACCCAAAUUAAUAUUUGGUCCAGAAUAA